AUGGCUGCUCAAAGUAGUAUGCAUAAUCUUACCACCCUGAUCAAACGGCUCGAAGCCGCAACUUCUAGGCUCGAAGACAUCGCAACUUCAGUAGAUGGCUCUCUAGGUCCUACGAAUGGCGUGCCCGCUGCGGCCGGCGCAGCUUCGACAGAGGUAGCCGCUACCCCUGAAGCAGCCGCACCUCCAGAGCCUUUACCAAAGUUCGUCGAAGCCUUUGACCAGAUCAUUGAGGAAGAUAUCGUUGCGUUUGUCCAAGCAGCCGGAAAGAUUGGUGGUCUGGUGGAACAGCAGGCCAAAGCAGUCAAGGAAGCAUUCGAAGCUGAACGAACAUAUCUACUGGUGACGUCCAAAGCCAAAAAACCCGAUCCACAACCACCUGAGCUGAUGACUGAGCUCCAUCGACAUACCUCGACCGUAGACGAAAUCCGAGAAGCCAAUCGUCCCUCUCCACUGUUCACCCAUCUCAGCGCCGUCUCCGAAGGUAUCGUCGCAUUGGGGUGGAUUGUCGAGAAGAGGCCUGGUGAUUUUGUGACGGAUACCCUUGGAGGCGCACAAUACUACGGCAACAAGAUACUUAAGGAGUAUAAGGACAAGGACAAGUCACACGUCGAGUAUAUCCAGGCGUACUACAAGAUCUUCCGCUCACUCUCUGCAUAUGUCAAGGAACACUUUCCCACUGGUUUGACAUGGAACAAUAAGGACGGGCUCGAUGCAGUUGAGGCUCUCAAACAGAUACAGGCUGGCGCCGCACCUCCGAAAGCAACGGGUGCUGGCGGAGGCCCAGCUCCUCCUCCACCGCCGCCACCUUUGCCCAAGUUCGACGAUGACGGUCCUCCACCUCCACCUAUGCCACCUUCAGGUGGUGCAUCGCAAGGAGGGGAUAUGACUGCGGUUUUCGAGCAACUGAAUCGAGGGUCUGCCAUCACAGCGGGACUGAAGAAGGUGGAUAAAUCGCAAAUGACGCACAAAAAUCCAUCGAUCAGAGCUAGUUCUACUGGACUGCAGCGAUCAGAUUCAGGAUCAUCAGCCGGGCGUGGCAAAUCACCCUUGCCAAACAAGAAGCCCGAGAGCAUGAGGUCUAAGAAGCCUGGACGAAAGGAGCUCGAUGGUACCAAAUGGAUUGUCGAGAACUUUGAAAACAAUCAGUCGGAAGUGAUUGAGAUUUCGGCUGAACUGAAUCAGAGUAUCCUGAUCUCAAAGUGCAACAAAUGUGUCUUGAAGGUCAACGGCAAGGCCAACGCGAUUUCUAUCGACAAUUGCAAUGGCCUCUCAAUACUAGUGGAUUCGCUAGUGUCAAGUUUGGAUGUUAUUAAAGCGACAAAGUUUGCAGUUCAAGUCGACGGAGUAGUGCCGACUUUGCUGCUCGAUCAAGUGGACGGUGCUCAGAUCUAUUUGUCGAACGAGAGUUUGGCGACGGAGAUCUUCACCAGCAAAUGCAGUGCUUUGAAUGUCGUUUUGCCUCCAAAGGAAGACUCGGAUGAAGACAGCAAGGAGCUGGCUUUGCCCGAACAAAUCCGGACUGUGGUGAAGAAUGGAACGUUGGUCAGCGAGAUUGUGGACCAUGCAGGUUGA